AGAGACCGGAAGUCAACGCUUUUAUUUUUUUCCUCCUUCAUUUCAGUGUCGGAGGGUUUUCUUCCACAGCACAUACAUCUGCACAGCAUGGCUGACCCCUGGCAGGAUGCAAUGGACCUUGCUGUGGCUGUGGCCAGGGAAGCAGGAGCGGUGAUCAGGGACGCCCUGCAGAAUGACAUGAUGAUCAUGUGCAAGAGCUCCUCUGUGGACUUGGUCACCAAGACAGACCAAAAGGUGGAGGAGCUCAUCAUCUCCUCCAUAAAGCAGAAGUUCCCCACACACAGCUUCAUCGGGGAGGAGUCUGUAGCUGCUGGACAUCUGUGUGCCCUGACUGACAACCCCACUUGGAUCAUUGACCCUGUGGAUGGGACCACUAACUUUGUACACAGGUUCCCGUUUGUGGCCGUGUCCAUUGGUUUUGCAGUCAAGAAAGAGCUGGUGUUCGGGGUGGUGUAUAGCUCUGUAGAGGACAAAAUGUACACAGGCCGGAAAGGGAAGGGGGCGUUCUGCAAUGGGCAGCCGCUUCAGGUGUCUGACCAGACAGACAUCAAGCAGUCCCUCGUCGUCAGCGAGUUUGGCUCCAACAGAGACCCAGAGGUGGUCGACAAGAUCUUAACCACCAUGCAGAAGAUCCUGUGCAUCCCAGUCCAUGGGGUGCGCAGCAUUGGCACGGCAGCCACCAACAUGUGCCUGGUGGCCUCGGGUUCUGCGGAGGCCUACUAUGAGAUCGGCGUGCACUGCUGGGACAUCGCAGCUGCCUCCGUCAUCGUCAUGGAGGCUGGGGGUGUUCUGAUGGAUGUGGAAGGAGGACCUUUGGACCUCAUGUCCAGGAGAGUAGUGGCAGCCAACAACAGCACAAUCGCUGAGCAAAUCGUCAAAGAGAUUAAAGUGUUUCCUGCUGAAAGAGAUGACACUUCCUGCGGGGACACACACUGAGCGCUGCAUGGAAAUAAACUAGGUUUUAAUCUUUUUCAGUAUUAUACGUUUAAAAAAAAAAAAA